UGAAAACCAACGAAAGUCCACUCACUUUCACCACUUUCUGUUUCCAUGUUUCCACAUUUAAAGGUGUCAUGGAUUUAAACUUUACGCUCCUAGGGGGCGACUUGUCAAGCUUUGGCGCACUGGCGCAGAGACUGUUUGGGAAUAACUCGGUGUUUCCGUUUGAGAACGCCACCGCCGCUUCCAAAACGGAUGAGGAAGACUUGGAAGUCAACACGGAUGUUUAUUCCAGGGUGAUCGUCACUGUCAUCUACGCCGCUCUGUUUGCUGUGGGCUCCCUAGGCAACUCCAUCACCCUGUACACCCUGCUGACCAAAAAGACCCUGCAGAACCUCCAGAGCACCGUGCACUACCACCUGGCCAGCCUCGCCAUCUCCGAUCUGCUCAUCCUCGUCCUUUCCAUGCCCAUUGAGCUCUACAACUUCAUCUGGUUCCACCACCCGUGGGUGUUCGGGGACGCCGUGUGCAGGGGUUACUACUUCCUCCGGGACAGCUGCUCAUACGCCACCGCACUCAACAUCGCGAGCCUGAGCGUGGAGCGCUACAUGGCCAUCUGCCACCCGUUCAAAGCCAAGAGCAUCAUGUCCCGCAGCCGCACCAAGAAGCUCAUCAGCGCCAUGUGGAUCGCGUCCUUCGCGCUCGCGGCGCCGAUGCUCUUCGUCAUGGGCCAGGUGACGCGUCAAGGGGAGAAGAUCUGCACCGCCAUCGUGUCCCCCGUCAGCAUCAAGACCGUGCUUCAGAUCAAUGCAUUUCUGUCCUUUGUGAUACCCAUGGUGGCCAUAUCUGCACUGAAUGGGGUCAUAGCCAAUCAGCUGCUGAGAAUGUUCCGCGAAGCAGAGCAAGAAAACCGUGUCUGCAUCGUUGGGGGGAAUCCCACCAUGCUGAAUGUCACUGUGGAGCCAAACCGUGCUCAGUCACUUCGACAUGGAGUUCUUGUUCUCCGAGCGGUGGUCAUAGCCUUCGUGGUGUGCUGGCUGCCCUAUCACGCUCGUCGCCUCAUGUUUUGCUACAUCUCUGACUGGUCCGAUGACUUGUAUGACUUCUACCACUAUUUCUACAUGCUUACCAACGUCCUAUUUUACGUCAGCUCGGCCAUCAAUCCGAUCCUCUACAACCUGGUGUCAGCCACCUACCGCCAGAUCUUCUUCUCCACGCUGCGCUACUUCUGCAUGCCCUGCCGCCAUACUCCCAGGAGGCACACCCGUCCCUUAACCCGCCACUCAAUCAGCAUCUCCAGCAACCCUACCCUCUCCAGCCACAUCAUCAAAGAGACAGCCUACUGAUUGGACUGCAGUGGAAUACACUUUCACACUCUAAUCCCAUCUGCUGCCACCUUGUGAUUACUGCUCUAGCUACAUCAAGGAAAUUUGUGAACUGGUUUGGAGACUGUUGGCACAGGCUGAUCCAGUACUGGGAUCACCAUCAUUGUCAAGUGGGGUCAAAUUCCCUUAUUGAGACCACUGUAAUUUC